CGAGAGGAACGUAAACACCGAAGAUGAUCUGGACCCUUUUUCUGCUCGGGCAAGCUGUCCUGCUUUAUUUUAUUCUCACACACAGAUCGAGAUCCAAGAGCGAUCCUCCUCUAGAUAAAGGAGUUAUCCCAUGGUUAGGCCAUGCACUUGAGUUUGGAAAAGAUGCUUCCAAGUUCUUAAACCGGAUGAAGCAGAAACACGGUGACAUUUUCACAGUGCGUGCUGCUGGACGUUAUGUGACGGUGCUGCUGGAUCCGCACUCGUACGACACAGUCAUCAAUGACUCCGACUCCCUGGACUUUACCCGCUAUGCACAGGUGCUCAUGGAGAGGAUCUUCAACCUGCGGCUCCCACAUCACCAGCCGGCUAAAGCCAAAGCGAUGAUGAAGAAGCAUUUCCUGGGAGUGAAUUUUGCCGCCCUGAACACCACCAUGAGCAGACACCUGCAGGCCUCGCUGAAAGCCGAGAUGCCUCAGAACCAGAAAAACUGGAAAGAGGAGGGACUGUUCAACUUUUCUUACAGCUUACUCUUCAAGGCGGGGUACCUGACGCUGUUUGGAGGAGAACAGAACAACAACCGCACUGACCCCUCGAGUGUCUAUGAAGAGUACAAGAAGUUUGAUGGUCUCUUAACCAAAAUGGCGAGGGGCACACUGAAGCCAGAGGAGAAGAGGUCAGCCCAGAGUGUUCGGCAGAGGCUGUGGGAGCUUCUGGCUCCAGCCGGUCUGACUGAGGACUCGGAGUCGAGCCCUUGGCUUCACGACUACAGGCGGCUGCUGCAGGAGGAGGGGGCCGAUGAAGAGACGCAGAAGAAAGCUGUACUGAUGCAACUUUGGGCCACGCAGGGUAAUGUUGGUCCUGCUGCAUUUUGGCUCUUGGGCUACUUAUUGACAAAUCCUGACGCUCUGACAGCAGUGAAAAGGGAGUUCAGCGGGAUCUCACCAAUGGAAACCUCAGAGACCUCAUCCCUGGACAGACCAAUGGCCACACCUGUGUUUGAUAGCGCCUUGGAAGAGACACUUAGACUCACUGCUGCUCCCUUCAUUACCAGAGAGGUAGUGCAGGAAAAGACCCUCCACAUGGCUGAUGGCCAAAAGUACCAGCUACGGAAAGGAGACAGGGUGUGUUUGUUCCCCUUCAACAGCCCUCAAAUGGACCCUGAGAUUCACCACGAGCCACAGAAAUACAAGUAUGAUCGGUUCCUGAAUCAAGAUGGAUCAGUGAAGGGAGAUUUUUACAAAGGGGGGAGGCGGCUGAAAUAUUACACCAUGCCAUGGGGCGCAGGGACCAACGGCUGUGUGGGAAAGCAGUUUGCCAUCAACACAAUCAGACAGUUUGUUUACAUGGUGUUGACUAACUAUGAUUUGGAGCUGUGUGACCUAAAUGCUCAGAUGCCGGAGGUGAAUUCCAGUCGUUAUGGAUUUGGGAUGCUACAACCGGAGGGGGACUUACUUGUCCGAUACAAACCUAGGAAUACAAACUAGUACUUUAAAGACAAGCAAAUACAAA